AUGACAAACUACUACUGGGUUGGGCGCUUAAAGCAUUGCUCAAAUACAAGAGAUUUAUCUGGUGCAAGGAAGCUUCACAAGGAAAUCCUAUCGACAAACAUUAUUCUAGGCACUUACAUCAGAAAUUUACUUGUACAGAUGUUUGGUAAGUGUGGCAGUGUUACUGAAGCGUACGAUUGUUUUAACAGCACUCCUCAGCGAAAUGUCUAUUCGUGGUGCCUCAUGCUUGGAGCAUAUACCCAGAACGGGCUUAUCAACCAAGCCCAACAAAUGUUUGAUAUAAUGCCAGCCAGGGAUGAGGUAGCACACACAAUAUUGCUUACAUGCUACGCUCAGAGAGGUUGUCUAAGAAAAUCGCAAGAGCUCUUUGAUGUCAUGGCGGAUCAAAGUGUUGUUGCUUGGAACGCUAUAACUUCAGCUUAUGCCCAAAACGGGCAUUUGGAAGCUGCCAAGGAAAUGUUUGACAGGAUGCCUGUUCGCAACGAGAGCUCGUGGAACGGGCUCAUGCAAGCUUAUGCCGAAAAUGGUGAUACGAAAAUAGUAAGGGAAUUGUUUGAGCAAAUGACCAAACGGAAUGAGCUCUCGUGGAACACAAUGCUUUCGGCAUAUGCCCAAACAGGUGACUUUGCUGAAUUUUUCGACCGGAUGCCGUCUUACACGGUCGUUUCUUUCAACACUGUGUUGCUGGCUUACACUGAGAAUGGAUCUCUAAGUCUUGCAAAGAGAGUUUUUGAGACAAUGUCGCAGAAGACAAUCGUGUCAUGGACAACGCUGCUCACGGCACUGGCCAAGAGCGGCGAGAUCGAGCAAGCAAAGAUGGUAUUUGAGAGAAUGUCGGGGCACGACGUUGUAAGUUGCAGCUCAGUGAUCCAGAUUUACGGCCAGCAUGGAUUUCUCAGAGCUGCUCAAGACGUGUUUGACCGGAUGCACGACCGCAAUGACCAGACAUGGACAGCGAUUCUCACAGCCUACGCAGCCAGCGGAGAUCUAAAAGCUUGUGAGGCAUUUUUCAAGGAGAUACCAAAUCCGGACGCGUUUUCUAGGACAGUGAUGAUGCAAGUAUAUGCUCAAUCCGGGGAUUUGGAGCGAGCAACAAGGCUGUUUCUAUCGCUGGAGAGGAAAGACUCCGUGGCUUGGAAUGUGAUCAUCCAGGCUUAUGCCCAGAACGGGCAUGUCGAGGAAGCUAGAACCAUGCUCGAGAAAAUGACCGCAGAAGUGGACGUGGUAUCUUGGACAGCGUUGGUGUCUGGGUAUGCCCAAAACGGGCAACUGAGCAAAGCAAAGGAUGUUUUUGACAAAAUGCCACAGUGGAGUGAAAUCUCCUUGACGGCCAUGGCUGUCGCAUAUGCCCAGAACGGGCAUAUCGCAGAAGCAAGAGAUAUGUUCGAGCGUGGACCUAUUGAAUCCACUGCCCCAUGGUCUGCGAUGAUCACAACAUACGCCCAAAACGGGCAUCAUACUCAAGCUCUCGAGCUUUCGUUGGCAAUGGAGCUUCAGGGUGUGAUGCCGGAUGCAAUCGCCUUUCUGGGAGUGCUCGUUGCUUGCAACCAUGCGGGUGAUCUACAAAGGGGAUUCCAGAGCUUUGUGGCUAUGGUGGAGCGGGGCAUCAGAGUGACUGCUCAACACUACUGCUGCGUGGCAGACAUGCUUGGGCGUUUGGGACGAGUGGGAGAUGCCCACGAACUUAUCCAGUGUAUGCCAUUUGUGCCCGACGAUGCGACAUGGACAAGCUUUGCUGGGUCAUGUAAACUGCAUCUACAUACAUUAGACUCUGGAUCACAGAGUGUUUUAGAACCAAUGUUGUGGAGAGAUUCUUCUCCCUAUGUGUUGAUCUCGCAUGCAUGUCUUGGAAGAUAAGUGUCGAGUUUGUCAGGGACACAGUUUUUAUAUUAUGCCUAUCAUCAAAGUAAAUACUGACAUAGUUCUAAUCUGAUGCUUGUUUGGACGUACUAACAAUUAGGCCAGUCUAUUUUGGGCGUGCCUCAAAGUCAGUCGGCAAUACAUGCUUGGGUAGAAUAUACCUGACCUUGUUGAGCGGCUCACACUUUGCUAACAGGGUGACUGUGUGAGCAGGGGAGGUAAUCUUGCCCGAGUUGAAGCCCGGCAAACGAGCCAGAGGCAUCCUCGUCAUCACACGCACAACACAAGCACGGUUUAGCCAAUGCCAGUUUGUGUGAUAUGUGUGACGCAUUGAUAGCCAAAGGAGUUUAGGGUUUAGGGUUUAAGGUCUACACAGAGUGGACUUUGAUUGUUCAUCACAAAGCUUGCAUCUGCGAUUGGACUGAGCGUGAGUACCUGGUGGAAGGGAAUGGAAGGAAUGAGUGACAUGUCAGAUGCGGGAAGUUGUAGUAGACUGGGAGCUUCGACUUCGCCAACCAUCCAAAAGCUGGUUCUUUUUGGCAGCCUUGAGGAGGAGUUCCACGGCUUGGCCGACUGGUAAGAAAACCAUAGCUGGACCAUUGGGAUACGGUAAUACAACAGUCCCUCCCACAUCCCUGCCCCAAAUGUACUCCCUUGACACAUUUUGAGUAUGGAGCCUGUAUGACGCGCUCCAAUUGUGGCCCAGUUCGGCUUGGUAAUGAGAGGCCACCUUGUCCCUCACUUUGCUUAACUGCUGCUUGCCGUGAGCACUUCUGCCAGCCUUGAUAUGCUUUCGAAGGUGCUGCAGCAACAAGCUGGUUGCAGGGACCUAUGGGUCAAAGGUGGCACAAUGACACAAUAAUAAAUGCAAGUGAGUUUACAAGCUUACCACAUGGCAAGGAGGCAUCAGGAAGACGAAAUCCGUGUGCAAGAUGCUGUCCAGAACAGAGCGCCAGUCACCUGCAAUGAGAAAGCAGAGAGGAAUCGGAUGACAAGAGAAGAAGUUGACUCACCCCAGAGUGUGUCCAGACAAUGAGUUAGGGUCGCACUCUGCCAAUUUCACCUCGAGGGAGGUGCCAAACUCAGAGAAAGCACGAAGCUUGGGGC